UACAUCACAGGUACUGCGUAAGUACUUUAUUAAUCUAAUCCGCAAAUAUUCAUUCAGAGCAUCCUAUUUAACCUACGCAAUUCAUGUCGUCGUCACACAGCGCUAUGACAUAUUGUUGUUAUUCACAUUUUAUAAAACCAUUCUGAGAGCGAAGCCAAACAGUUGACGAAUACAGAAAUGUGCGACCAAUCUGGAUUCCAAAUCCAAAGUUCUAAACCAUAAAUCCGAACGAAAGAAAAUUAGCGAUUUCUAAUUCCGUCAGCUGAAACAAUGAACGGCCGAUAAAUCUCGCGAUAUUAUCGAAACUACUACUCCCAACAAGUACAGCGGCUUCUGUCCAUCCGCCUAUCCCCUUGAGGCUGCAGGGCCCCGGCAUGCCUUGAGGCGCGAAAGGCAGCUCGGGAGCCGUAGUUCUCUUGGACGCCUACCGGUAUUGCCAGCGCGGCAGUGGCGGCUCUCGGUUCCGUCCAGCGGGUUCUGUAAGGCGAGCUGAGGCGGAGAAAGGGCGCGGAACUGGAGGAGGGUGAGUCAGACGCUGUCUACGCUAUAAAGGGAGGCGGCACUGCGGCACAGGGCUGAAUUAGGUAAAUGGACCCGUGCUGCAGUCUCUCCGGAGACACCGCGAUCUAGCGCCAGCGAGAAGAGGGCGAGGAGGAGCCAGAGCCCGGUCCUUGCACCCAUUCUCGCCCUCGUACCCCGCCGCCAUCUCCACCAUGCAGUCCCGGGAAGAAGCUCCGCGCUCUCGCCGCUUGGCCAGUCCCCGUGGCGGCAAGCGGCCCAAGAGAAUCCACAAGCCCACGGUUUCGGCUUUUUUCACGGGCCCGGAGGAGCUGAAGGACACGGCUCAUUCUGCAGCCCUCUUGGCACAGCUGAAGUCCUUCUACGACGCGCGGCUGUUAUGUGAUGUGACCAUCGAGGUGGUGACGCCUGGCAGCGGGCCUGGCACCGGCCGCCUCUUCCCUUGCAACCGUAACGUGCUGGCUGCCGCGUGUCCCUACUUCAAGAGCAUGUUCACCGGUGGCAUGUACGAGAGCCACCAGGCAAACGUGACCAUGCAUGAUGUGGAUGCCGAGUCCUUCGAGGUGCUGGUCGACUACUGCUACACGGGUCGCGUGUCCUUGAGUGAAGCCAACGUGGAACGCCUUUACGCGGCCUCUGACAUGUUGCAGCUCGAAUAUGUGCGGGAAGCCUGUGCCUCCUUCCUAGCCCGCCGCCUUGACCUGGCCAACUGCACUGCCAUCUUCAAGUUUGCUGACGCCUUCGGCCAUCGCAAGCUGCGAUCGCAGGCCCAGUCCUUUAUAGCCCACAAUUUCAAGCAGCUCAGCCAGAUGGGCUCGAUUCGGGAAGAGACUCUGGCAGAUCUGACCCUCGCCCAGUUGCUGUCAAUUCUGCGCCUGGAUAGUCUCAACAUAGAGCUGGAGCAGACCGUGUGUCAUGUGGCUGUGCAGUGGUUGGAGGCAGCUCCCAAGGAGCGAGGUCCAAGCGCUGCGGAGGUCUUCAAGUGUGUCCGCUGGACGCACUUCACAGAUGAAAAUAAGGAUUACCUGGAAGGGCUGCUGACCAACACCAUAGUGAAGAAGUACUGUCUGGACCUUAUUGAAGGGGCCCUGCAGAUGCGCUAUGGUGACAAGUUGUGCAAGUCUCUGGUGCCGAAGCCAGAGACCAGCAGUGGCAGCAGCGGCAGCAGCAGCAGCAGCGGCAGCGGGGGCGGCAGCGGCAGCGGGGGCGGCAGCGGCAGCGGCAGCGGCGGCAGCGGCGGCAGCGGCGGCAGCGGCAGCGGCAGUGGCAGUGGGGGCGGCGGCGGUGGCUGCAGCAGCAGCGGCAGCAGCAGCAGUGGUGGUGGUGGCUCUAGCUCCUCUGUUGUGCCCACAGCAGAAAAUCCCCCCCAGAGGCUGGGCGUGUGUGCUAAGAAGAUGGUGAUCUUCUUUGGACAUCCUAGAGAUCCCUUUCUGUGCUGUGACCCAUACACCGGCGAUAUUUACAAAGUGCCGUCACCUCUGACCUGCCUUGCUCACACUAGGACUGUCACCACCUUAGCUGUCUGUGUCUCUCCAGACCAUGACAUCUACCUGGCCGCUCAGCCCAGGAAGGACCUCUGGGUGUACAAGCCAGCCCAGAAUAGCUGGCAGCAGCUUGCCGACCGCCUGCUGUGCCGGGAGGGCAUGGAUGUGGCCUACCUCAAUGGCUACAUCUACAUCUUGGGUGGGCGAGACCCAAUUACUGGAGUCAAACUGAAGGAAGUGGAAUGCUACAGUGUCCAGAGAAACCAGUGGGCACUGGUGGCUCCGCUACCCCAUUCCUUCAUCUCCUUCGAUCUAAUGGUAAUCCAGAACUAUCUCUAUGCUCUCAACAGUAAGCGCAUGUUCUGCUACGAUCCUAGCCACAAUAUGUGGCUCAAGUGUGUUUCUCUCAAGCGCAAUGACUUUCAGGAAGCCUGUGUCUUCAAUGAUGAGAUCUACUGCAUCUGUGACAUCCCAGUCAUGAAGGUCUACAAUCCGGUCAGAGGAGAAUGGAGGCAGAUUAAUAAUAUUCCCUUGGUGUCGGAGACCAACAACUACCGCAUUAUCAAUCACGGCCAAAAACUGUUGCUGAUCACCUCGCGCACCCCGCAGUGGAAGAAGAACCGGGUGACCGUGUAUGAAUAUGACACUAGGGGGGACCAGUGGAUUAACAUAGGUACCACCUUAGGCCUCUUCCUUGAUUCUAACUUCUUUUGCCUCUCAGCUCGUGUUUAUCCUUCCUGCCUUGAACCUGGUCACAGUUUCCUCACUGAGGAAGAAGAUGUGCCGAGUGAAUCUAGCACUGAAUGGGUAGGUGGAUUCAGUGAGCUGGACUCUGAGUCAGGAAGUUCAAGUUCUUUAUCUGAUGAUGAUUUGUGGGUUCAGGUAGCACCUCAGUGAAAUGCACAGGAUCAGCAGAAUUUGUUGUAGAUAGGUUUGAAACACUAAGGUGUUUUCACUGCUUUGGAAAGUGUCUUAAAGAGAUACCCUUCUCUUUGCUGGGAAAAAAACAACAACAACAACAACAGGUUGAUUCAUUUCAGGUUUGGUUUAGAAAGGGUAUUGUUUGAAAUACUAACAUAAUUUAAUGUUAGGGAAUUUAUACACUCAAAGAAAUCAACCUAUUUAAUAAUUUACUGUUCUCUAAAAGUCCAGUAUUGAUUUGAUUGUUGGGUAUGUUUAUGUUUGAUUAUACUAAUUUAGUGUUCUGUUAUUAAUCUUAUCUUCUGUUUUGUGCCACAAGUACUGUGACUUGAAUUUUGAUUUUCACAUAGAAAGCUGAUUGGAUAGGAAUUAUCAGGUAGGGUUUGGAAAGUCUAUCUUUCCUUUGGGACAGGGUAGAAGGUUUCCAAAACUUUUAAAACUAGUGGGUUAUUAACAAAAUGUGUUUCUAAUUUAAAUAUAGUUUGCCAGGUUUUUGUUCAGUUACCUCCCCUUUUGUGAAGAAAAAAAAUGCAUUGUUUAAUGUGACUGGUGAUUUCAUUUGUAAUGAUAGUACACAUGGCGGUAAGCUGACUAAAGUAAAAACAAAACAAAAACAAGAUUCUACUGUUUAAAAAGAAACUCAGUUUAAAUUUGUAAUGUAAAAUGUGUAUUUGCAAACAGUGACCAAUGUUCCAUCUGUUCUAGUAGGGUCACCAGUCAUCGGAAAACCUUAAAAAAAAAAACAAAAAAAAAAUUAAACUAACUUGCUUUGUAGGUUCACAUUUUUGAUCUAUACUUGAUAUAUGCUUCACAGAAUCAGAGGAAUCAUCCUCUUUUUCACUGGACACGAUUGUGUAAAUUUGUAUCCAUUGUCUUAAAAAGUUUAUGUGAUUCUUAAAAUACUUUGGCUGUACAGUUUUGGUGUUCAUCUUAGAUUUGUCAGCAAAAUGUGAUUAUUCUUUGCUGUUUAAUGAGAUAAUAUUCGUUUUGAAAAUAUGUGUAAGCUAAGAACAGUAUUUUAUUGAGAUCAGUAGAUAUUGUGUCUAUCAACUAUAAAAUCAAGUGCCAGCAAAGAACUUUAAAACUUUAAGUUGUGUAUAGAACUGUUUUGUGUAGCAUCGAAAUAUUGUCAGUUUUGUAAGUCACUAAAUGUUAUUAUCAGCUUAAAGGUAUUUUUGUAUUAAAAGUUUACAGUUAAAUAACAUAAGUGAAUGAUGGCAUUUGGGGCCAGUAGUGAAAAGUAUAUUUCGUCUAAAAUAUUUCCCUAAGCAGUGGUAUACAUGGUUAUUUUAUUAGGGUAUUUGUAUCUGUUCCGUGUUUCUCUGUGAACCAUGCUCCAGUCUUUGUUUCUGUCACACUACGGAAGGAAGAAUUCAGAAACAGAGACUACGUCAUACAAAACUGACCUUUGCUAAAUACAAGUGCUUACCUCUUGAGGGUUUACUGGCUAUGGCCAUCGUGCUCCGUACCCGUGAAAAAAUGACCAGAUGCUCACAGUGUAUACGUUUUUUCUAUACCCAGUUAGAAUUUUCUUCCUAAAUCCUCAUUCAGUAACAUGCUAAUUCCUCUUCUAUGUUUAUGCUCUAGUGGUAGAAUGCUAACGUUUCUCAGACGGUGGCUGAAUACAGAGGAUUUGUGUUCUCAGGUGGGGAACCGAAGUUUUUAAUGAAAUACUAUAGGAUGAAAAUGGAGAGAGGGACACAAAGGGUUAAAAAAAAGUUGUCUCAGCCAAUUUUGAUUGGCCAUCUGAAGAUACUACAAAACAUUCCUCUUUAACGUUUUUAGUGAACUAAGAUGCUUGUCCUAACAGUAUGUGGUUCCUUCAAAAGGGCAAACAUGCUUUUAGUUGUUUAAGGCUACGUUUUGUUCUAUUUAACAGCAGGGUUGUUACAAGCACUGUAACUUAACACAAAACUGUGUCUCAGUAGUGUAUUUGGCCAAUUUUUUCUUCACCAGUAACCUUCUUGUGGAUAGCUUUUUGUUUUGUAAGGUUGAAAUAGGACAGUGCUGAUCUGAACCAGAUUGUCUCUCUGCAGAAUUAAAGUAUGCAAGUGAAUGCUAAAUGACAAAUUCUCUAAUUUGUCAUUCUCAACCUUUGAGUUAGGGAAAAGCUAAGUAGCAGUAAUAUCUUGGUUUACAAAGAAGUUUUCUUGGGAAGAAUUUUGGUUUCGUGAUAUAUUUGUGAAUUAGAGAAUUGAUGUUAAUCAUUAUUUUAUAGAUAAGUGAUUUGUAUGUGAUUAGUUGCAAAUAAAACUGGUAUUAGAACCUAAA